AUGUCUCAGCCAGGUAAAAAACAGCAGAUGGACUUCAGGUUCUCUGAGUCUGACGAAAUUGAAGAAAUCGAAGAACUGAAAGAGCUCGUCUGCGAGAAUAACGGCGAAGCUGAGAUUGUCAAGGCUGGAACUCUUACAGCACUCAUCGAAAACCUGACUCGCCAUGACAGGCUUGAUGCCUCCUUCAAUCGGAUAUUCCUCACCACAUACGAAUACUUUACAUCAAGGCCGGCGUUGAUUGAUCUCCUGAUCCGGCGGUUUGCCUGCCCACCACCCGUCACUUUUAAUCCAACUCAGGUGACAGAAUGGUCAAAUGAAACGAAGCCUUUGGUUCAAGUCCGCGUGAUCAACAUUUUGAAACAGUGGCUCGAGCAUUUUUGGACCGGCCCGGAAGGUCCUGAUGACCCAAAUUUGCUAAAGCUGCAGUCUUUUGCGAAUGGUGCUGUCACAGAGACAAGUGCGGCGCAACAACUUGCUGAGCUUGUCCAACGCCGACUUGCGGGUCUCGACCUGAAAAGAUCUCAUCCAUCCACUCCAAAGCCACCCAAACCAAUCCUGCCCCGAAAACUAAACAAACUCGAGUUCAUCAAAAUUGACGCUAAAGAAAUUGCGCGUCAGUUAACUAUUAUGGAAGCGUGCAUGUUCAGCAAAGUCCAGACAUGUGAAUUCUUACAUAAAUCAUGGCAAAAGAAAGAGAGCCCUGAUGCAUUUUAUCCGGCACAAAACAUUAAAGCUUUGAUUCGAUAUUUUAAUCAACUCUCGAACUGGGUCGGCGCCCUCAUAAUUGCAGAAUCCGAAUUGAAAAAGAGAACUCAAUGUAUAGGGCACCUGGUCAAUGUUGCCACUGAAUGUUAUAAUCUGCAAAACUACUCCGCGGUGAUAUCCAUUUUGUCAGGACUGGAAAGUGCCCCAAUCUAUCGACUUGCCCGCACAUGGGCAAUGGUUACUCAACGUAGCUGCGAUGCUCUUAGACCUUUACAAGCCAUGGUCUCAAGCGCACAGAACUAUAAUGCCUACCGUGAAAUGUUACGGAUGACGGUCCCACCAUGUAUACCCUUCCUUGGUCUUUACCUAAAAGAUCUGACUUUCAUUGAAGAUGGAAACCCGUCUGUUACACAAGAAGGCCUCAUCAAUUUCCACAAAUGUACCAUGCUAGCAUCAAGUGUUCAUGAAAUUCGGCGUUUUCAACAAGCUCCCUACUGUCUACAAACGGUUCCGGAGGUACAGGAGUAUUUGGUUACCCAAUUGCAAUCUGCGCCUGAUGUACACGACAUGUAUGAAAGAAGCUGCGUGUUAGAGCCUCGGGGUCGGGGUGAACAGAGACACAGAGAUUCUUAUACCGCCACUGGCGGUAUGACGACCUCGAUGGUUAUUGCCUGUAUGAUUCUAGACGAUUAA